AUGGCAAUGAAUUGCAAGAAGAUAGCGCAGGCGAUGGAACCGAACACUAUCGUUUUGGUGAUCUGCCCGUUGACCAGCAUUAUAGGAGAUCAAAUAAAGGAAGGAGAAUCGUUGGGUUUGAAGUCUGUCACUCUCGAUGAAUUUCUGAAGGCUAGUGAUCGUGAUACACACCAGGUUGUGUUUGCGUCAGCUGAACAAGUUCUCAGCAAGCCAUUUACCGAAGUUCUUAAAGACCGGUCGUCAAGAUUACACAAUGCGUUGGAAUUGGUAGUUGUUGACGAAUCUCAUACAGUAGAGAUGUGGACAGGGAAAAGGUUUAAAAAAUACGUUUGUACUUGUUACUUUGCUCAAGUAUACGACUGUUUUUAUCAACAUAUGACAUUCAUGUGUAUGUAUUUUUUAAUAGGUGCAAGAAUGCAAAAAGCUUUAGAACAGCCUAUGGUGAUCUAUCGAUUUUGAGAUCAUUAUGCAAGGAAGGUACUUUUACUUGUACCUAAUAUUUAAAAUGAGUAAUAUACGACAUGUUUCACAUUGAUUAAAUCACUUGUAUAUAAACACUUAUAUAUGCACUUUUCUUAAACAACAGGAACACCUGUCUUAGCCUUGACUGGUACAGCAGACAAUCAUACACGAGAGGUUAUCAUGUGUGGCCUUGCAAUCAAUUCGGAUGCUCUAGAAGUAUUUUUAAGUCCAAACAGAACAAAUUUGCGGAUAAAUGUGAUCAAAACUACAAAAAAGGAUGCACUUUCCAAUUUAGAUUGGUUGGUUGAAUUGUGCCGCAGAAAACAAUCUGAAACACCCGAGACUAUAUUGUUUUGCAACACGAUGAAAGAUGUUGCAACUGUGACUAACUAUCUUAUGUUGAAGCUGGGGUCAUUUGCUUACAUUCCACCAACAUCCAGGGAAUCUGAGGAUUGUCUGAUAGGUAUAUAUCAUUCCAUGUCUUGGGACAACUACAAAGACAGAAUUGUUUCUCAACUCAAAAGCAAUGGGAAAGUACGCUUAGUUGUAGCUACCACAGCAUUAAGUAUGGGUGUAAAUUUCCCAGACAUUCGUUACAUUAUCAAUUGGGGUCCAGCACGCAAUUUGUUAGACCACCAUCAAGAAGCAGGGAGAGCUGGUCGUGAUGGAAAACAAUCAGAUAUUGUGGUUAUUUACCAUGGACAACAGUUAACUCACUGUGAGGACGAAGUGAAGUCGUUUGUUAAGUCAACAUCCUGUCUUAGGGUAGCAAGCUACAGUGCAUUUGAUCCAAAUAUUAAACCACUUGAACCAGGUCAUGAUUGCUGCAGUAAUUGUUUGACCUUGUGCAAAUGCAAUAUGGAUGAGUGCAUAGUUGACCCACUUCCAUUUGGUAAUGCACCAACAGAAAUUCCUAAACAGCAGCAAAUUACAAGACCUGUAAGUGAAUAUGACAAGGCUGUGUUAUAUUCUGCACUUUUGGAGUUACGUGAAUCUCAAAGUAUAUCAGGUUCAUGUCCAUUUGACAAAACUUUAAUAUCUCAUGGAUUCUCAGUCGAACUAAUCCAAGAUGUAGUUGAGAGAUGCAAUGAAAUAUUCAGUGUUGAGGAUAUUAUCAGUUCAUUUCCUGUGUUUGCCUUGGUACAUGCUAUAACAAUUUUGGAGGUCUUCCAAGAAAUAUUUGAUGAUAUUCCUAAUUAUGAUGAUAUGCAACUACCCAUAUUGAACACAGACAUUACAGACCAGUUAGUUAAUUAUUGUGGUUACUUUGACAUUCAGACUCUGAUAGUGAUGAACUUGAACUGGAAAUACAAUAGCA